AAAUGUCAAAUUGUAGCCGGUAGAUGUCACUGCUUCAAUUCCCGGAAACAUUCGUUCAGUCAUUGUUUGAUCGGGAGUAGAGUGAAAAAUGUCUGCAAAUAAUUAUUUCGGAUUUACUCAUGGCGGAACUCAGUACGGGGCAGCCACUGGAGCUGCAUAUCCGCCUGGACAGACUGGCUACGCUGUGGCACCUGCUGCUGCGGCCACAUAUACAACACCGAGACCAGGCUAUGAUCCGACCUAUCAUCAAGCUCCAGCUUCACAAGGCACUUAUGCGAGUGCUGGAACGGUAACGCCGGUAACAUAUGAUUAUGGUUAUGGUCGUACAACUCAAACGUACGAUGCAACCAAAACGUAUUACCAACAAGCACCGACAACGGCUACAUACGGAGCUGGCCAAUCCUAUGAUGCCACACAAACGCAAGCAAAGGUUGCCGGCUAUCAAACCGCCCAAUAUGUAGCUGCGCCCACAAGAAACACAAAUGUUCAACCAGCCAAGCCAGCCACAACAUUUAAUAAUCAGACCUAUGUACCACAAACCCAAACCGUAACAAAUGUGAAUACAGCACCUAAACAAGCACCUGCAACGUCGAAUACCUAUUCGAAUUAUGAUGCUGCUCUGUACAGUGCUGCUACUAUGUACGUCGCCCAGCAGACAAACAAAAACACUCCUGGCGGACAAGCAAACACUUGGCAGUCAUAUAAGAAACCGGGGCUACAUCCCGGUAACAAUUCCAACAAAACCCGUAUGAAGCCUCAACCGAAACCGCAACAAUUGCAUUAUUGUGAAGUUUGCAAGAUCAGCUGUGCUGGGCCACAAACAUACCGCGAACACUUGGACGGACAAAAGCACAAGAAACGUGAGGCUAGUUUGAAAUUGUCAUCAUCAGCCGCUGCUGCUGUUCAAAAUAGUCGUGGGAAUAAUUUACAUUGUGAACUGUGCGAUGUUACCUGUACGGGAAAUGAUGCAUAUGCAGCCCAUGUUCGUGGUUCCAAGCAUCAGAAAGUGGUUAAACUUCAUCAAAAAUUGGGAAAACCAAUACCUUCAACGGAUCCAUUGGCCAAGAAAACUGCGAAAAUUAACUUUGUUCCGCCCGCUGACGGCAGUACGCCUAAAGAAGAAACUGCAACGGUUGAUAUAGCCGAGGAAGACACUCCAUCUGAAGAUAUAAAGCCCGUUGGCUUAGAAUAUAUCGAAGAAAUCAAGGAUGAUGAGGGAAAGACGUUGAGCUUCAAUUGCAAAUUGUGUGAAUGCAAGUUCAACGAUCCAAAUGCUAAGGAAAUGCACAUGAAAGGACGACGCCACCGUUUGCAAUACAAGAAGAAAGUUCAACCCGAUUUAGUUGUUGAUUUCAAACCGAAUCCCCGUCAAAGACGCAUAGCUGAAGCGAAAGCACAACGGGCCGUUCUGCAAGCCGAAUAUUGGAACAGACAGCGCAAUAUGGGUGGCGAAGAUGGUGAGGACGAUCCAAUGUAUUGGGAUGAACGACGACGCUUCGAAGACGAGUUUGACUAUAUGGGAUGGGCUCGAGGUGGCGGUUUCGGCGGUCCACGUGGACCACAUAUGCGAGGUCCUCCACCGUUUUUCGGUAUGUUGCCGGGACGUCGACCAGAAAGCUCUGACGAUCGUCAUGUUGUUGCAAAGCAUGCAGAGAUUUAUCCGAAAGAGGAAGAGUUACAGACGAUCCAACGAAUUGUAUCGCACGCCGAACGCGCUCUCAAAUUUGUAUCGGAUGCUCUGACAGACAAAAAUGUUGCGACCAAUGGCAAUGGUAAUGGCGUCGAAGCCAAGACGGAAACUACUGGUAAAAAAGAUGAAACUGCUACUGCUGAAAAAGAUGCGGCCAAAGCCAAAGAGGAUGGUCGCGACAAUCAAAUGUUCUCAUUCCAAAAAGAUGCUGAAGGUGGAGGUGUUCGUAUUUUGAAAGGUGUCAUGCGCGUUGGAUUAUUGGCUAAGGGAUUACUGCUACAAGGCGACAAUUUGGUUGAAUUGGUAGUGCUGUGUGCCGACAAGCCCACUCACACAUUACUGAAACGCGUUGCCAAAGAGCUUCCCGUUCAACUGAAUGUCGUGUCGGAAGAGCAUAAAUACACUGUUUCUCUAGCACCUACCGACGCCGCCGUUCUUGUAACCGAUGGUACAGUUACAGUUAAAGUUUCUCUAACAUCUCCGUUGUUACGCGAACCUCAAGAUUCAACCGCCACUGAACAACCGGUUCAAAAAAAUGAUGAUCUACUACCGCGUGAACCCUGUCUACUGGCUCUUGCCGCCUUAAGGCAUGCGAAAUGGUUUCAGGCUAGGGCAACUGGACUACAGUCAUGCGUUAUGAUAAUGCGUAUUUUGCGGGACUUGUGCAAACGCAAGCCAACAUGGACUCCACUAAGUCAAUGGGCAAUGGAGCUCUUGGUUGAAAAAAUAAUUUCAUCGGCUGGCAUGCCGCUCAGUCCAGGAGAUUCACUUCGUCGUGUCAUGGAGGGAAUGUCCAGCAAUUUGUUGAUUAAUGGACCGGGCAUUUUGGAUCCGUGUGAAAAGGAGCCACACGACGCAAUAGCUGGAUUGUCCAAACAGCAGCGCGAAGAUUUGUGCGUCUCGUCACAGGAAUGUCUACGGCUGAUUGCAUUUAGACAAAUCUUCAAGGUAUUGGGAAUGGAACCAUUGCCCGCCCCGAAAUUCCAACAGCGACCAUGGCGAUUCGCUCGUAAGCGCCGGCGUUCAACGAACGAAGCCGGCGAUAACGAAGGCGAUGGUAAAAUGGUUAAAAAGGAGGGUGAUUUCAAAAUGGAUGUGGAUGAAAAUAAACCGGCAGUAGCUGCUACAAAGAAAUAAAUUUAUAAAUUUAGUGAGAUAGUACACGCCAUUCAUACAUUUGGUAAACAUUUUGGCGUGAAAAACAAAACAAAAAAACUUAUAAUAAAACGCGUUACAAGUAAAUUCAUUUUAUUUAGCCCGAUUGAUUUAAUAUCGGCAAUUAUGUGAAGAGGUUUUUUUUCGUGUUCUAAUAAUUGUAUUAUAUAGAAUUUUACUAAAGGGAAUCAUGAAAAAUUGAGACAUCCGUAAAUGGUUUAGUACACACCCACACAAACACUUGUAUGUUGAAUUAUAUAAACAAAACAAAAAUUACUUCUGAAAAAUAAAUCUUACACAUUCAAUGAAUUUGAAUUUAACCACUGCAA